AUGCCUAUAGCUGCCAUCGAGGCGCUGGUGCUGCUACUGACACACUCACCAUCCUCGACCAUCUCCGAGACGCUGGACCUGCUCAACAAACACACGGAGCACCUGAAGCGCUCGAUCCCGAACCCGAUCGGCCUCUCCGCCGGCACCGACCUGUUCCAGCGGUACCUGAUAUCGACGCUGCAGCGACCCGGCAAGCUGGGACCGGCGGGGGACUUUGACGCGAUACGCGCCCACCUGCUCUCGAACGGGCGGCUGUUCAUCCAGCGAGCCAAGGAGAGCAGAGACAAGAUCGCCGCGUUCGCAACGGGUUUCGUACGAGACGGCAGCACGGUGAUGACCAACGGCGGGUCCCGGGCUGUGGGAGCGAUGCUGCGCAAGGCGGCGGGCGAAGAGGUGCGGUUCCGGGUGAUAUAUGUGCUGCCGAACGGCCAUAGCCAUGAAGAAGCCACGACGGCAGCGGGGACGGUGCCCGAGGGGAUGGAGACGGUGGCAGUGCUGCGGUCGAAGGGAGUGCCUGUGGCUACGGUGCCGGAGUCAGCUGUGGCGUACUCGAUGGGGAUGGUGGACACGGUGAUAGUGGGUGCGGAAGGGGUGGUUGAGAACGGCGGGAUAAUAUCGCGGAUGGGCACGUACCAGAUGGGCCUGCUGGCGAAGGCGAUGGGCAAGCCCUUCUAUGUUGUGGCGGAGAGCCACAAGUUUGUGAGACUGUUCCCGCUUGGCCAGUACGAUCUUCCCGUUGAUCAGCGGGUUAUCGAGUUUACUACUACUACCGAGAGCAGCAGCAGCAGCAGCAGCAGCAGUUCGACUUCGCCGAAGGACCGCCGCCGGACUGCGCCUGAUAUCGUGGACUACACUCCCCCACACCUGAUCACGGCGCUGAUCACGGAAGCAGGCGUGCUCACUCCGAGUGCCGUCAGCGAGGAACUCAUCAAGAUCUGGUUUUGA